CACCAAAUUCGGUAUCUAGAGCAACCUAAACAACCAAAAAUGGCAUUCAAAUUCACCAUUCUUUUCGCCGCCUGCAUCGCCGUGGCCAGCGCUGGCAUCAUUCCCGCCGCCGCUCCACUGGCCGCCGUUGCCGAGGUACAGGAGUACGAUCCCCACCCGCAGUACACCUACGGCUAUGACGUCAAGGACGCCAUCUCUGGCGACUCGAAGACCCAGGUGGAGACCCGCGAGGGCGACGUUGUCCAGGGCCAGUACUCGCUGAACGACGCCGAUGGCUACCGUCGCAUUGUGGACUACACCGCCGAUCCCAUCAACGGAUUCAACGCAGUGGUGCGCCGUGAGCCCCUGGUGGCCGCCGCUCCUGCUGCUGUCGUUGCCGCUCCAGCCCCAGUUGUCCGUGCCGCCGUCGCUGCCCCCGUGGUCCGUGCCGCCCCCCUGACCGCCACCUACGCCGCCGCCCCAGCACCUCUCGCCUACGCCGCUGCCCCAGCUCCCCUCGCCUACGCCGCCCCCGCGCCCGUCGUCAAGGCCGCUCCUCUGGUCGCCGCUGGACCCGCCAUCGUCAAGACCCAGUUCGCUUCGCCUCUUAUCUCGUACGCCUAUUGAAAUGCUCAGGAAUAGGCCACCACGACCCGAUAAUUGCCGUUAGUUGUU